AUGGCCUUUGGCGUGCUUUUGCUUCUUCUGGGGAUUCUUGGGACGAGCGGAAAGAAGAGGCUGUGCCCGGCCGGCUGCAAGUGCUCGGCAGGGCCCGGGGGCGGAGACUGCAGCCAAACCGCGGAGUGCCCGCGCCUGCGCCGCUGGCCCGAUGCCUCGGAGUAUCCACCAGGGGUGGAUUGCCUCUUCGUGAACAGCCCAAAGCUGCGCAGAUUGCAGCCCCCGCAGCACCAGGCCGGAUUAGCCGCAAUUCCAGACUCUAUCCGACGACUGGACUUGUCCGGGAGCCGGCUUCGGAUGCUGCCCCCCAAGGCCUUUUCGCACCUCAGCUCUCUGCGAGUGCUGAACCUAGAGUUCAACGAACUGGAGGAGUUGCCCGCGGAUGCCCUCCACGGCCUGGCAAAGUUGAAGGUGCUCUGGCUCACGGGCAACCACUACUCCCCGAAUGAGCGGGAGUACAAGAAGAUGAAGGUUGCUGGGAAUCGUUUGCGCCAGCUUCAUCCGCAGCAAUUCGAGGGCUUGAACAGCCUCCAAGUUCUACUGUUGCAUCACAACAGGCUUGAGACCCUUCCCGACACCCUCUUCGACGGCUUGGCAAAGCUCCGAGUGUUGAAGCUGCUGGAUAACCCUUUCCGUCCGAGACUCACCAGGUCCCAUCCGGCCUUCGUCAAGGCUUUGGAGGUCGGCGUGCUGCAGCAGCUGGACCUCGAUGAGGACUCCGGUGAUUCCCUGGAAGACGAGUGGGAGGAGACUUCGACUUAUCUCUCCGACGACUUCUCAGAUGGGCCCUUGCCAGAGUCAAAGCACCGGGAGGACCUGUAG